AUUUGGUUAUGUUCAAAGUUUUGUGAUGGAAGAGUUUCUAUCCUUUUGUAAGCAUUGCAAAUCUUUAGGUCAUGGUAUAAAAGAAUGUGCUCGGCUUCAUCCUCAAUUAAUUAAGGAGCCUUCGUUGUCUAGGGAUAAUCAUAUCAUUGCUGUCUGUAAGUUGGACUUGCACUUAGUUAAUCCUACUGUUGAUUUGGGUGAUAGGCCUUCUAAUGGAGUGCAUGAUAAUCUCCAAGGCAAUGCUUGUGUUGACUUAACUUUGGUUGAUAAUGCAGAUGUUGUUGUUGUGGGUCUUUUGGAAAAUGAAUGUAUGCAUUUGCGCACCUUUUGGGUGGAGCGUUCUUCCAAACCUGUCGAUUUGGGUGCUAUGGACAUUGAUAACAUCAAUUCAGUUCCUACUGAUUGUCAGCCUCCUACUUCACCUACUAUUGGAGUUAUCACUUAAUACUACAAAACCAAAUGAAUAUGCAUCCUUCAUAGAUGUACCAACUCCCUUAUUUCAAACAAAGACUUGAAAGCUCAAUUGUCGUGGAAUUUGAAGUAUCCCUCUUUGGAUCUCUCGGACGACUUGGAUAAGGCUGCUUCCUCACCUUGUGAGAGUCUUGGGGAUGAAUUUGAUGAUUCGAUGGAUAAAAUGUAUAGUUUGAAUGUUAGUAGGAUCCUUGAAAACGUUUUUUAGUUGUAGAGGUGGAAAAUGAGGUCGGAGAAAAGCAAAAAAGAUAGUAAAUGGUUCGGUUGCUGGUUGGAGCUUAUUUUUUAAUGGGGUCUGUUGUUGUUGGUCCCCCUUACUCUUUUUUCCUGAUUACUAUGCUGGAUAGAUUUUGGCCAGUGGGGUUGUUGGUCUGGUGUAUUAUGUUUUGGCUUGUUUGGGUUUGCUUAUGGUUGUGGGGGCUCCUCUCAUGGGAUUGUGGGAUGUUGUCUUUUGUUAUGCGAACAAUGAUGAGUUAGUUUUCAUGUACGCCCCAUGAAUGGCCUGGGCUUGUUUUAGCAAUCUUGGUUGUUGAUUCAUCUUCUUGGUCUUUGAUGUGU